GAAUUUAACGUUGCAUGCACACGUUGUGCCGUUGCACAUUUCCACAGUUUAACUCCUCCGCCGACAACAUCGAAGGAAAGGUAAUGUAAAAGCGGUGCCACAGCUUUAUCACUUAUCAGUUUUAUCGAUUCAGUGUGACGUAGCCGUCAUGCUGUGCCGUAGCUUUUCGCGUCUGACGCGGCCUCGUGGUUGGACGGCGGCCCCGCGGACGAAAACGCACUUCGACGUCUGCGUGAUUGGCGCCGGCCCUGCCGGCAUCGCAGCCGCCCUGCGCGCGGCGGACUACAACAAACGGGUGUGCCUCGUGGAGAAGGAGCGCGUCGGCGGCGCUGACUUGUGGAACGGUGCGCUGCAGUCCAAGACGAUGUGGGAGUACUCGAACAUUCUUGGCAAGAUGCGCGGCGAUACAGGGCAGCGGCUCUACGGCGAGAGUCUCUCGCGCUUUCUCGAGAUCGACGAGGACAAAAUGAAGCGCUCCAUGGCGCAGGUGAGCCAAACCCGCGAGGGUCAAAUCCUGACCGCGCUGAAGGCCGCACCGAAUGUGGAGCUGAUCGGCAGCAAGGCCACCUUCAGCAACGACCACGAGAUCCAGUGCCACAGCAGCGCCGCGAAGGAGUACUGCAGUGUCACGGCGGACUACUUCGUGAUCGCCACCGGCUCCAAGCCGCGGGAGCACCCCUACGUCGCAGCGGACGGCAAGCUGGUGAUGACGUCCGACCACAUCAUGCGGGCGCCGCUGCCGAAGAGUCUGGUGAUUGUCGGCGGUGGCGUGAUUGGCUGCGAGUUUGCCAGCAUCAUCGGACGGCUGGGCAAGACAAAGGUCGCCAUCAUCGAUAAGGCCUCGCACAUCCUGCCCCGCGAGGAUCCGGACAUCGUCCACAUGAUCGGACGCGGCAUGGAUGCCGCAGGCGUCGUGGUGCACCACAACUCCGAUCUCUACGACAUGCAGCCGUGGGAGGAGACGCCGGCGGAGGCGGAGGCGCGCCACCCGGCCGAUCCCCGCCCGCAGUGCGGCGUGCAGUAUACGGUGAUGGACCGCACCUCCAAGGCACUGACCACCUUCCAAGUGGACCGCGCGCUGCUGGCGGUGGGCCGCGCGCCGAAUUACGUCGGUCUCGGCAUCGAGAACACCAGCCUCAAGACGCUUGGACACCAGCUGCAUGUGAACGAUUUCGGCCAGUGCGUGGGCACGCCCCAUAUCUUCGCCAUCGGCGACGCCGCCACGCGGAUGCAGCUCGUCAGCAUGGGCGAGGCGCAGGCGAAGUUGGCCAUCGACUACAUCUACGGCACCGAGCUGAGAGUGGCACCGAACCUGUCCGAGACGAUGUCGAGCGUCGCCUUUCUCACCCGCGCCGUCGCCUCCGUCGGCUACAACGAGUCGCAGUGCCGCGAGAAGGGCAUCGCGUACAUCGCGUCGCGGUACAGCUACGAGGUGGUGAGCCGUGCCGUGGCGGCGGCCAACACGGAGGGCUUCGUGAAGAUCAUCGUCGCCGAUGACGCGGAGCGGCGCAUCUUGGGUGUGCGGGCCGUCGGCCUCAACGCGAGUACGCUUGUCGACAUCGGCGCCCUCGCAAUUCAGAAUGAACAGACAGUCUUUGAUCUGGCGGGCCGCUUGACGGCGUACCCGGCGGUGUCGCAGGCCUUCCAGGAGUGUCUGCGGUCUAUUCUCGACCGCCCCGCCCGCCCCCACGCGAAGCCGGCGAGUGGCGUGAAGUUGACGAAGUGGGCCCCGUCGGACAUGGAGCGCGGUGUGGCGUACAAGGGAAAGAAGGCGGCCGCUGCGCUCGAUCAGGCACGGACGGCGGCGGAGGACGGCCGGCAACAGCGGUGUGGACCGCCGUCGUCGCCGUCACCGUUGUUGUCCGGUGAGGCGAUCGGCAAAGGAAAGUCGGAUGCUGCGUCAUCAGGUAGUAUCCAGCCUGGCUCUUUUUUCCAGUCCUCUACAGCGGGGCGAUGA